AUGGCGUCUCACAGCUCUUUGCGUCUUUCUGAUGCGUUUCAGAACGCUAAACAAGACUUUUUGGACUCGCUCAAAGACCCCUCACUAUUCAACAGCAUCUCUACCGUUACCUCGAUACAUGACGUCUAUGCAUUUACUAGUCAGCUGCAGGAGGAUCAAAGUAAGCGCCAUGGAUUACGAAAUCUUCGCAAGAUUAGUUCAUACUUGGAUCGACUGAAACAGUUUGCCGGUGUUAUCGAGGUGUUUGUCUCGGCUAAGCCCGAGAUUUUGGCACUGAUUUGGGGGCCAAUCAAGCUCCUGCUACAGAUGUCGGACAAUUUGACGAAAUCCUUUGAUGCGAUCGUGGAAGCUAUGGCAAUCAUUGGGAACAAGUUACCACUAUUCGAGUCCUAUGUCAUGCUUUUUAAGGAGAAUGAUCGAGUCGCCGAUGUGUUAGUGUUGUUCUACAAGGAUAUCUUGGACUUCUACGAAGUCACAUUGAAUUUAUUUACGGCAAAGCGCUGGGUUUUUGUGUUCGAUUCUGUGUGGCCAAGACACAAAGCCAAAAUCAGUGUUGUCGUCGGCAAUAUUGAGCAGCACUGUCUAUUGAUGACCGAUCAAGUCACUUUGGAGAAUAUCAGUGGAGCGCAUAAAGCCCGAAUCGAAGAUAUGAAUCGAUGGCAGCGAAACUUUGAAUUUCAGGAACGGCAAGACUUCAAAAGUGUCGAAGACUACAUCUCCCCGAGGUUAUAUGAUGACGAGCUCGACAGAUUGCAACGGACGGUCUAUGAGCGAACUGGACGGUGGCUCCAAAGGGAGCAGACCUUGAAAAAAUGGAUAGACACAAGUGAUAAAUCAACGAAAGUUGUCUGGCUACAAGGGAUACCUGGAGCAGGCAAAACUCAUAUUUCAUCCAUCAUCGUGGACAAGUUGAGAGGUCUAUCACACACAACACUGUUUGCAUUUCUGAGCUACAAGCAAGGUCAAACGUCGACGGUUUCGAUCAUACACUCGCUGAUAUUCCAACUUGUUAUUGGCAUGGAGAGCUUUGAUGAAAUUCUCAAACAAGAUUUAAGAGCAAAGCUCUUUCACACAUUCCAGUCAAGCCAAAGGAACCUGAAAAGCAGCACCAAAUUUGCUCGGCAAACCUUGAUAGAAUUACUUAAAUGUGUUGGUCCGACCUACAUAAUCAUUGACGGUCUUGAUGAACUUCCCAAGAGCGACCAUAGGGUGGAAAUCCUGAAGGAACUCCUAGAGAUGUUGAAUGUGUCGGCGGAAACACGACUACUAAUCAGCAGUAGAGCACAGGAUGAAAUUGCUGCAGUGUUAAAGGCAACAACGAAGAUCAUUCGCGUUGAUGAAAAUAACAGUGGCUGUAUCCAGGCAUACGUCUCUGUCAAAAGUGAAAGUUGGCUCGCCGAAUCUGGGUUUGAUGAACAUGCUUGUUCAGAGAUCAAGGGCAUGUUUCUCUACGCAAGAGUGGUGAUGGACAAUAUUCAAAUGUGUCACACCUCUGACCAAGUUCAAAAUGAAUUGGCCGUUCUACCAGAGAGCUUGGAUGAAGCAUAUGCCCGUGUGUUUCAGCGACUUGAUGAUUUCCCAUUUUCGUCGAAGGUAAUGUCUCGACGAGCCUUGGGGUGGAUUGGAUGCUCUCCAAUUCCAAUCAAAAUCCAGGAACUAAGCUUUGCGUUGGGUCUUGACCCCGACGGGAAGAGUGGACUACCUCGUAUCGAGAGCGUGCUGAAUAUUGUUCGGCUUUGUGGACCUAUUGUUGAAACAUUUGAUGAUCACGUUUACUUCGUCCACUUUACAGUUAAGGAGUGA